AACUGGUUUGCCUGGUAAUCUCACAUAGCCUAUCUAUCUGUUAUAUAAGCAGAAAUUGCGGCUGCAACUCCUAACCUCAUUUAACCUUCCAGUAGCUGAUCACAUUUAACAUUCUGGCAUUUGACAUAUGCUACCAUCGUCAGAAUGGUCCUAUUGGAGAAUGAUGCGUUCUUAGCGGAGCUAACCAAACUCUUUGACAAAUCGCGUCUUUCAGGCGCGGUGUCACUCACCAUCAAAAGAUUUAAUGGACACAACAAACCAGUGCCUAGGAAAGGCAGACCUCCCUUACCAACUCCUACGGAGUAUCUUUGUCUAGUUCGAGCAUCGCUUCGUAAUAAGAAAAUCUCAACUGUUAUUCAUUCCAAGGAUGUAAACAAAUUCCAACAAGCAUAUUGGAAUCUCUUGAAGACAAAUAUAAGUGGGCUAAAGAAAUUAAAGAAAGCAAAAUCAGCAAAGCCGAAGGUUCACUGACCCAGUGAGGGCUAACUGCAUGGCAGUUUUUUUUAUUUCUUUGUUAUUAAAACUUUCAUACUGUGUUCGCCAUAUAUUUAUCGACACUUGCACAUCUGCUGUAUAAGUCAGCGAGAAUAGCGCGAUUUGUACAGCAUUUUGUAUAGACUGAUGUACAAAAGAUUAAUAAUACUAUUACGAAAGUACACACAUGUGUGACCGCUAAUGCGCGAAUGCAAUGGUAAUAUAUGAUUGCGAACUCGUACAUUUAUAUAAUAAUAAUGAAGCAAUAAGAAAUAAUCAUUUGAUUAAGGAAAUAAUCCAAGUUCAAGGAAUAUAAUCAGGAUAACAUAUUUGGCGAUCAUUGAGACAAAAUUUAAAUAGAGCUUUAUGUUGUCUUGUAUUUUUCUGUUAUUUGAAUACAUAAAUCUAAUAUAAUUAACUCAUAAUUCAUUAUAUUUCUUGUAUUCUUUUUAUGAUCUUAAUAUAUGACAAUAUUUCUUUUUGUGAAAUUUAAGCUUUAGGCAUAAAAUGCGUUAUUACUUUUGACAAUCUAUUGAAAUUUUGAAAAUAUUUUUAUCUUCUAAUGUCGAUUCUCUCUAUUUGUAAAUAGUAGAAUUUCAGCGAUGUGAGUUCGAGGUAUAUUUAUUUCUCUAAUCAUUUGUCGUAGAAAUGUGUGUUGUCUUAGGUGAAGCGACCAGUUUUUGUCCCCGUUUCAAGAUUUAUAAUGCUGAACUCUCAGGAUGUUGCAAAAAUACCUGGAUUGAUUUAUCGUUUAUGUCCGGUCAUCUGAAUAAAUCUUUUAUAUGUACGACGGUCCUCAAAAUCCGAUUAUUUAAGCGCUGCGUAUAUAAAUCUACGGUUUAUUUUAACGCUGUGAAUUACAUUUUGAAGAUUUGUUAAAAUUGCAGCCGUUCACGCCCAUAUCUUACGUUUAUUGCGUCUCGGAAUUUGGCUUGCGUUAUUUUCGGCCCGAAUAAUAUUUCAUCACGAUUUCUGCAAUCAUAUAUCUGCAAUCAAAAUUGCAAAGUCUCCAUAAAAAUUGAUUUAUUUUCUUUCUUUGUCAUUUGAUUUAAGAAUAAUUAUCGAAUGAGGAUAACAAGAGGGUUUACGGAAUCGCGUGAUAUUGUUUUGUUCACAAUCAACUCGAUUUUUAUUUUUCACAAUGCGCGAGUCACAUUUUUCCUCAAAUCCGACAAUCUGCAUUACGUAUUGUCUGAAUAUUCUUUGGCACUGAAUCCGAAUGUGGACAUUGUGCAAAAUCUUGGGGGGCUGCCAGUGUAAUAUCUGAUAUAACGUGAAUUUAUUGUUGUAUACAUUACGGUCGUGAAUAAACAAACGCGAACGAAUCGUCAUUCUUCGCGAAUUCUCUAUUACGUUUCGUUUCGUCGUCAAAGAAUGACGUGGAUUAGAUGAUAGGAAACUUUCAACUGUUUAAGAGACAGUCGAAGAAUUUAUUUCUUCUUGAUGACUAAAGCGUUGCGGUUUGAAAAACAAACUAUUAAAUUUACGUUCAAAAAAUUUUUUUAUUAUCAAUUAUAAAAUCAUUGUAAUUCUCGUGAUAAAUAAUGAAGAGCUGUUUGUCACUUGUAGCAACGAAAUUUUAUACCAAUUAUAUAAGAAUAUAUUAAGAAUAAUUGGGUGCAUGGAUAAAUUGGCAUAAUUAACAGAAAUAAGUACUGAUUAUGUAGUG